CUGGAGAGGUGUAGGACUAUUAAAGGAAUGGUUUCAUUACUUUAUUCCUAGGUACCGAGGACCAGAGCUUGAAAUGUGGGCUCUGGGGGUGACACUUUACACAUUGAUAUUUGGAGAAAACCCUUUCUUUGAUGUAGAAGAAACCAUUGCUGGCAUUCUUAAGCCACCCUUUCAAGUGUCUAAUGACCUGAUGGACUUAAUUUCCUGGUUGCUUCAUCCUGAUCCAAACCAGCGUGCUACGUUACUUGAGGUUGAAAAACACAGGUGGACCAAUCAGCCUGUCUCUCCAGAGUCAUACAAGUUUGGAGAAGUUGUACAAUCUGCUCCAGAAGAACAUUGCCCUCCAGUGUAUUACGAGUGUGAAACUUCUCGCUCCGUGUCAGUAUUAAACUCCGAUAGCAUGUACACGUCUUCCACGAACCCAGUACAAUCUUCGUGUUACAGCAGUUCGUCACCUUUGGAAGAACAAGACAGUGUUUCUUAAAGACACAGUGUACAAUAAAUGUGUAGUGGAUUUAUAACUGUACAUGUAUUUUAAGUAGGACAGAAGUUAAGUAGAACAUGGAUUUAUAGCUGUACAUGUAUAUUAAGUAGGACAGAAGUUAAGUAUAACAUGGGAAGUUGUGUAAAAAUAUGUUGGUUUUAACUGUGUUAUAUUUUAAUCACUUGUAUAAAAUAAUUUUUAUCCAUCUACAAUUGUGUAAGAAACAAGUACAAGUAUUUAAUCUGUUUACCAGUGUAGUUAGUUUGUAGUAACAUUAUUCUAAUAGUUUAUAAUUAUUAUAACCAGAUUCCACAAAGCUGUCUUCUAAACAUUUAACAAUACGUACAUAGCUGUAUUUCAAUACCCAAACAAUAUUAACCUCAUUCACGCAUGGUGCCUACUAAUAGCUGAGCAAUAUUAACCUCAUUCACACAUGGCUCUUUACUAAUAACUGAGCAAUAUUAACCUCAUUCACAUAUGGCUCUUUACUAAUAGCUGAGCAAUAUUAACCUCAUUCACAUAUGGCUCUUUACUAAUAGCUGAGCAAUAUUAACCUCAUUCACACAUGACUAUUUACUAAUAGCUGAGCAAUAUUAACCUCAUUCACACAUGGCUAUUUACUAAUAACUGAGCAAUAUUAACCUCAUUCACACAUGGCUAUUUACUAAUAACUGAGCAAUAUUAACCUCAUUCACACAUGGCUAUUUACUAAUAACUGAGCAAUGUUAACCUCCUUCACAUGUGGCUAUUUACUAAUAGCUGAGCAAUGUUAACCUCAUUUAUGUGGCUAUUUACUAAUAGCUGGGCGAUGUUAACCUCAUUUGCAUAUAGCUAUUUACUAAUAACUGGGCGAUGUUAACCUCAUUUGCAUAUGGCUAUUUACUGAUAACUGAGCCAAUGUUAACCUCAUUCACAUAUGGCUAUUUACUGAUAACUGAGCAAUGUUAACCUCAUUUGCAUAUGGCUAUUUACUAAUAGCUGAGCAAUAUUAACCUCAUUCACGCAUGGUACCUACUAAUAACUGAGCAAUAUUAACCUCAUUCACAUAUGGCUAUUUACUAAUAACUGAGCAAUAUUAACCUCAUUCACAUGUGGCUAUUUUCUAAUAAUUUAACAAUACCACAUUCUCCAAUGGUUGCCUUCUAACAGCUGAAUAAUACUGAAUUCAUUCUUUAUUGUGAUUUAAAGGUGUUUACGCAGCCAAAUUCAUUAAGUUGUUUUCUUGUCAUCAAGUGACACAGAUAAUUAAUCUAUACUUAAUCAGAUUCAGAAUGAUUGUUUAUAUAGUCUGCUGUGUCAGUUCAGUGCCACAAGUCCAGUCUGUGUAUACAUGUUUUAACCUCAAAGCUGGUUUGUGUGUUUUAUGUAUCCUCUGGUUAUAUUAAUAUAACAAGAACUGUAUUUUACAUAUUAUACCAGCUGUGUAAUGUAUAAAAUAAAUGUUUACUUAGCUGUGUUUGUAAUAAACCUUUACUUAAUGGACA